AUCAUUGCAGCAGUGCGCCUGCAAGAAUCUGAGCGGUCACGUCCAGGAUCCAAAGCUGUCCACUUCCGCGCAGAAGCGAUUUCCGCACUCCGUCUACACCUCAUAUUGUAUAUUGAUAUGAAGUGACAAAUAUCAAUUUUACCCUGUCUUGUUCGCUCAGCCGCGACGAAAUGGCGGACAAAGUGCAAAGAGUCUUUGAGCACCUCCAACAUGCCUUUGAGUUUGGUAGGAACGAUGUUUUACAGAUAUGGGAAGGAAUUCGCCAAGCUCCAGCAGCAGCACGACAGCUGGAGAAGCUCCUCCUGGCCUUCGUGACCUUUGCAAACCCCCUAGUCGGCAGUGACGUCGCCCGCGCAUUGCCAAACUUACUUCGGCACGUCGUCGCGGAGAUGCCGCGAGCGCCUGCGCAGGUCGCUGGCAGGGCAGUUGAAGUAGUCAGCCAGCUGCUGCAGAGGCUGGCCGGCAGCCUGCGCCUGCCGGCGGCCCACAACCGUAUUCGCUGCAUGGAGCUUAUCCUGGCAGUCCUGCGCGGCCUGCCGGGCGAUGUGGAGCUGGAUGAGGAGUCCGCAAAGACCGCUGUCAAGCACUUGCAGGAGCAUCUGAACGACAAAGACGCCAAAGCCCGGGAGCUGGCAGUGGUGGCCCUGUGCAAGCUGGUGACUAUUCAGGAGGAUGUGCCGGUGGCGGAGCACGCUCCCUUCAAGGCCAUCAUAGACCUGCUGGAGGUCGAGACCAACAAGGAGGUCCGCGCCGCCGUUGUGUCGCGCCUGCCCCUCGAUGGCAGCAGCCUACCCCUGCUGCUGGCGCGCGGCGGCGGUGACGACACGGCACUGGUGGGGCAGCAGCUGUACCUGCGGCUGCGGCAGGACCUGGCGCUGGCCUCGCCGGAGGAGGAUGAGGGGCAAGUCGGAAGUGGACGCGUUGCCGCCAGCCCGCAGAUGCGCCGGGAGUUGCUGUGGACAGGGCUGCAGGAGGGCCGGCUGGAGGUGCGCAAGGCUGCACAGGAGCUGCUUGGCAAAUGGUUCGUCGAGGACGCUGCCGGCGACGUGACUCGGCUGGUGGCGGCACUGGGGCCGCAGGAGAGCCCAGAGCUGUGCGACCUUGUGCUGGACCAGCUGGCGCAGCUACAGCACUGGCAGCCGCAGGCCUGGCUGCAGGCCGCAGCCGAUGCCGCUGACCCCGGCGCCAGCCCGCGCGCCCUGGCCGCCGCAGCUGUCCCCGCUGCUGCUGCCUCGGCCAUCCCGGCGGCCUUGACCCCGGCCCGGGCGUACGUGUGGCUGCACGCGUGCCGGCAGGUGGACCAGCUGGUGCGCAGCAGCGGCCAGGCGGCGGCCACCCGCAUGGCGGCCAGCGCGGCACAGGCGGAGGCCAGCGCCGGCGCGCAGGCGGAGGCGGCUCUGGACGCCUUCUUGCCCUCCGCCGCUGACAUGGCUCAGCUGUGCCUGCGCGUCGCCCAGGCUGGCCCGGCACACCGCUACGUGGCGUCUGUGCUGCUGCAGCUGUCGGCCCUGCCCGCCUUUAACUGGGUGGAUGCCGCCAGCCGGGCCGUGGCGGUGGAGGUGCUGCAGCAGCUGAUUGCGGCGCCGGCAGUAAGCAUGAUGGCGGAUGAGACCUCUGGCAGCAACGGCAGCGGCAACGGCCGCCUGCCACCUCUGGGCUGCGGUGGGGGUGGCCACUGGGAGGACGCCGUGCUGACGCUGGCGACGGCGGUGCUGGGCGGCGGUGGCAGCGGCGGCGGCGCCCUGGUGGAGGCCUGCCUGCCGCUGAUCCUGAGCCUGGCGGAGCAGCUGAGCGUGAACCAGGAGACCGCAGACACGGAAGCUCCCGAGGGCGCCAUGCUCCAAGUGCUGGGCUACCUGCGACUGCUCAUGGUGCGUGCCGGUGCCAGCGUGUCGCCCGCUGCCUCGGCGCCGCUGCCUCCCGGCAUCUACGCUGCCGGCACAGGCAACGAAGCGGCGGCUGGCACCGACCAGGCCGGCGGCGGCCCUGGUGAUGGCGAUGGCGAUCAGGGCGAGGAGGAGGAGGAGGAGGAGGAGGAGGAGGAGGUGGAGCGGCGUAUCAGCUUGGAGCAGGCGGUGCGGAAGCUGGCAGGGCACGCCGGACGCCAUGCGUCGCCCGCAGUGCGGGCGGCCGCGGUGCGCUGCCACGUGGUGCUGGCGCUGCGCGACGGCGGCCUGGAGCGCGCGCUGCCCGCCGCCCUGUCCGUCAUGGCGCCGCUGCUGCCCCUGCCCGGCGCCCGCGACAGCCGCAACAGCAGCGGCGGCGCCUCGGCAGCCCAGAGCCGCAAGGAGGCAGAGUGGCAGCAGCUGCCGCGCCGCGCUGCCGUGCAGGGCCUGGUGGACCUGUCGCUACUGUGGGGUGAGCCAGUGGUAACGGCCGCGCUGCGGCGGGCGGUGGCGGCAGCGGCGGGCGCGGCGCAGGUGGCGGCGGUGACGGAGCGCAUGGCGGCGGUGGGCGUGAUGGCGGUGGACGGAGUCGACGGCGGCGCUGCUACUGCUAUGGCACCGACGGAGGAGGGUGCACAGCCAGCGGUGCCACCUCCCCAGGCGGCCGUGGGCGUGGUGCAGAUACUGCUGCAGCUCACGGAGGGGUUGGUGCGCAAGCUGCAGGGUUAUGAUGACUACGCAGAGGCGGCUGGCCCAGCGGCGGACGCGCUGCUGGGCUGCGCGCGGCUGGCGGCGCAGUGGGGUAGCCAGCAGCGCCUGGCCGCCUACAGCCGCCAGCACCAGGCCCGCGGCGCCGGCUUCAGCGCCACGGCGGCCGAGCUGGCUGAGCUGCUCCUGGUGCGGCUGCAGUUGGCGCGUGUGAGCCCUGCGCUGGAGCAGCAGCCGCAGCUGCUGGCAGUCGUGCACAUGGCGCUGGGCAGCGUGAGGGAGCUGGCCGCGCAGCCCAACGCCGGCGGCGCCGCCUACCGGCAGCUUCUGGCGGCGGCGUUCCUGCCCGCCGCGCGCUGCGCCAUGGCGCUGCCGCCGCCGCCGGGCGCUGCCGCCACAGCCAAGUGUGCGGCGCCCGAGCUGAUGGAGGGCAUGGCGCGCGAGCUGGGGGCGGCCAGCGCGGCGGCGGCUGACGCAGCGGCGGCUCAGCUACCGGACAUAGACGAGGAUGCAGAGGAUGAGAACGAGGCUGAGGAUGACGACGUGGGCAGCCGGCCGGAUGGCGGCGUGCGGCAGCAGCCGCACCAGCAUUCGCAGCGGCAGCAGCGGCUGGCGGAGGUGGCGGCUGCCGCGGCCCAGCUGGGCAAGAUGGUGCUGGAAGAGCUGGCGCUGGUGGCCAUUGAGCGGGACGAGGCGGCGGGGGCGGGCAGCGAGGCGGAUGCUUCUCAGGGCGGUGGCGGCAGCAAGCGGGCGGGCACCAGCAGGCGGCGGCGCAGCCCGCUGGACACACACGGCGACAAGGCGGCGCAGGCCUACACGGAGGAGCUGUGCAAGCUGCCUUCACUGCUGCUGCCGGCGCCGGUGCUGAUGGCUGUGGGCGGUGACGACCUGGCAGCACUGGGCUUCCUGGGUCGCCGCGCGGUGCGAUUCGCGGAGACGGAGCUGCGGCCCGACAAGGUGGUGACCGAAGCGGCGCUGAGAAAGCUCAGGGACCUGGUGGAGGACGUGGAGAACACGCGGCAGGAGCGGGCGGGGUCGGCGGCACUGACGGAGGAGGACGCCGCGCCGCUGCUGGAGGCGCUGCUGGCCCGGCUGGCGGUGCUGCCCAGCCAGGCGCAGGUGACGGCCGAGGUGGAGGCGGACGAGACAUGGGACCUGACCAGCGGAAGCGGCGGCGACCAGGCGCAGCAGCCCGCCGGCUCCUCUCGCCGGAGUGGGGGCGGCAGCGGCAGCCGGGCUACCAAGUCUACCAGCACUGCCGCCACAGGCCGUGCCACCCGUGCUACCAGGUCCAAGGCCGCGGCCACCGGCGGUCGGACCCGGCGAAACGACCUGCGCCCCGUCCGCGAGGAUGACGAUGAGGAGGACGAGGACGAUGGCGAUGAGGGCGGUGACGCGGCCAGCGCGGGCGACGACAGCAGUGACGACGGCGACGCGGUGGAUGUGGUGCGCAAGCGUGGCAAGGCUGCGGAAGCCGCGGCGGGCAGCAAGGCCCGCGGCGCCGCUGCUGCGAAGCCCUCUUCGUCUCAGACCUCUGCUGCUGCGCCUGCUGGAGAGCGGCGCUCCAGCCGGGCCGCGGCGGCCAAGGCCGCGGAGAAGAUGCAAGUGCUGAAGGAUAACGAUAAGGUGGCGGCGCGGCUGGUGCGGCUGUCACAGGGGGAGGCACGGUAGCAGCGUGUGCUGGUUGCCAUGCACGCCAGGCGCAGGCCGCUGGGUGAAGCGAGAGUGCUGAUUUAGUUCCACAGCAACAUGCUGCUGCUAUCUGCAGCAUUUGGUCGUAUUGAUGGGGUCCCGAUUCUUUUUGCUUUGCUAGCUGCUGUCCCCAGCCAUGCGGACAUGGGCCUGCAGCUGGCACUGUAAUGGGAGCUACCAGAUGGAGUAGCCGACCUUCAGCAGCACAUAACCGUACACGACCGAAUCCUCUGCCAUCCCAGCUGCUCCAAGCUGCAGACGCAAGCGGCAGGCCGAACAAGCUCCUGCCUAUGUCAAGCCGUCAUCUAUGUAAACAGAAGGCUUG